UAUAUAUACCGGGGAUCAUGUCUAGACACCUGGACAGUUUGUGCCAUCAUAUAGAGUGCGGCAGAAGUGAUAUUCACUGUGAUUAAAAUCCCAACGUUUAACGGGACAAAAAUUUCUCGAAUAUAAUCUCCUCCGAAAAUAAACUCCACGCACAAGAUGAGGCCACCGCACGCGACGCUAGCGGUGAUAUCCGCCUUGCUCCUGACCGUGGCGAUCUUCAUCGGCGAAACAAACGCCUGGGGAAAAAAUCUCGGACACGCCGCUCUGCUCGAACGUUUCUCAUGGAAUAUACUGGACUUUGCUUAUCCCGACGAGCUCAGCAGGCAGCUCGCCAUCGCCAGGGGUGAAUAUAUUCCAGAAAAUGGUCUACCCGUCGGCAUAGAAAUCUGGAAAAAUAAACUCUUCGUGUCCGUGCCGAGGUGGAAGGACGGAAUCCCCGCAACUCUGAAUUACAUUUCUCUGGACGCUAACGUCGGUGGUGCGCCAAAGCUCACGCCUUACCCAAAUUGGGCUCUGAACGAAGCCGGAGCUUGCGGACAAGGACUCACCACCGUUUACAGAAUCCACGCGGAUCAGUGCGACAGACUGUGGGUCCUCGACACCGGAACUCUCGGCAUUGGAAACACGACGGUCCAGGCUUGUCCGUACACCUUGAACGUUUUCGAUCUAACGACCGAUAAGAUCGUCAGGCAGUACAAACUCAGACCCGAGGACACCAACGCGAACACUUUCAUCGCUAACAUCGCGGUCGAUCUCGGAAAGGGAGGUUGCGACGACGCCUUCGCUUACAUGUCCGACGAAUUGGGUUACGGGCUGAUCGUUUACUCCUGGAAAGAUCACACGUCAUGGCGUUUGACGCACAGUUAUUUCAUGCCCGACCCGCUCGCCGGCGAUUACAAUAUCGGCGGACUGAACUUCCAGUGGGGAGACGAGGGGAUCUUCGGCAUGAGUCUUUCGCCCAUCGCCGCCGACGGCUACAGGACUCUGUUCUUCCACCCGCUCAGCAGCAACAGAGAAUUCGCGGUGUCCACGAGGAUAUUGAGGAGCUCCAAAUUGUCCGAGGACAGCUACCACGAGUUCAAAUACCUACCGGAAAGAGGACCUCUUUCUCACAGCACCGCUUCCGUUAUGGACGGCAACGGACUGCAGUUCUUCACAUUGAUAGAUAAGAACGCCGUCGGAUGCUGGAACUCGAGAUUGCCCUACACACCGGCGAAUCACGCGAUAGUAGCGAAACACGACGAGGCCCUCGUAUUCCCGGCCGACGUGAAGGUUCACGACGGUGUCUUGUGGUUCAUAUCCGACCGGAUGCCGAACUUCUUGAUAUCGAAACUGGACUACAACGACAUCAAUUUCCGCAUAUUCACCGUCCCGGUUGAGGAUGCGGUGGCCGGUACCGUUUGCGAGGACCCUAGCAUUGCCAAACAAGGACGCGUUCUUUGGUGGAGACGUUGAUUACGAAUUCGAGGAGAGAAAAAAAAAAUAAAUAAAUAAAAUGCUCGAUUCAACAAAUCGUGCGUGUUUUUCACAUAAAUGGGAAAAGAUGCGGGGGCGGGGGGGGGUUUCAACGUCACGAAAUUUGAAGGGGGGGAAAAAAUAAAAAUUGAAAACAAAUAGUAUAAACGGUGUAAAAAAGUCACGAAACGUUUCACAAGCGAUAUCCUUGUCACUUUAUAAAAUAAGUGACAAGUGACAAGUGGUUGACGAUGGAAAAAUUUUUUUUUUCUUCCGCUCAGAUACGCAAACCAUACCGUAGAAUGAAUAUUACAUAUAAGCAUAUGAACUUAGCAAAUAUACAGAUCUACAUUACAUGACGUGUCUGUUAGACGGAUAGACAGACGAAAUAACAUUUACAUACCCGAUCGCUUACACGUUAUACGCUAAAAUACAGUACACCGGUACACCCUACACUUUACACGGAGAAUACAGCCGCACGAUAUGAAAUUACGUAACCUGUAUAUCAUACAUCUAUUCACUCGUUCGGUUGCUGCUGAAUACUAUAAUCACACGUAAGAUAGACGCUGUAUAUUCCCAUUGAUGUCUAUAUUACAAUAAUUAUUAUUUAUGAAAUAGACAAAUAAAGUAAAGAUGUGAAAAUAAAGGAACAAAAAAAAAAAAGAGAGAUAAAAAACAAAACAAACAAAAA